CAAGAAUCCAGCUGAGCUCAAAGCCAAGGGAGAUGCUACAGUACAUUGCUUCAGGGCCUUUCUCCCAUUGCACCGAGGCGCAGGGCAAAUGGCGGCUAAAGCCUGACCAGGGCAGAUACGUCUAAGUCCUAGCUGGAGGAACCAAGUGUGGCGCUUCUCCUUACCCACUCCUGCUCGCAUCGUUAUCGGUGUAGGUUGCUAGGAAGGCGGCGCUUCGCAUCGCAGCCAUGUCUCGUCUGCGGGGUGAGUUUGGCCACGAUGGCAGCAUGGAGGGCCCUCAUGAGACGAAGCUGACGGGUGCGGGGCAGAGAGUGAUGGGCAAAGUAGAGGAUGUUCUCAAAGAGAAUGACGCGCCCCCCCAGAGGAUGGCGGCCCCUGCUGGAGGGCCGGCUGAAACCGAGGGGGCGGGGUACGGGAACUCCCGCCAAGAUGGGCAGUUUGAGCCGACUCCGGCGCCCGCGCACUUGCCUCAGAAACCGGAGCCGGUGGGAGGGGAGGGACAGCAUGCGGACUUUGAGAAUGGGGACAUGCACAAGCCGGUGACGGGCAGAGAAGCUGCAGCUGAGGCAAAGCAGUCGAAGCCGCUCGGGGAUGAAGAGGGGGACGAGAUGGGGGACUUAUACGGGGCGACAACCCAAGCUGCCGGGGCGGAGCUAGAGCCGGUGCCGUCGGUCAUGAGCGAGGAAGGCGCGAAGAUGGCGACGUACGCGUCGACCCUGACGUUUGAGCGGGUCAGCACGAGGAAGUUCUGGCUGCACGGGGAGCUCGGGGUUGUGGUCUACGAAGCGGUGAACCUGCCGAACAAGGACCUGUUGAGCGCGGGCAUGGAGACCGUGUGCUGCGUGCCGUGCAGGAUGUGUGUGAGCAAAGCGGAGGGGGCGUCGAGAAGGAUACAUAGUGACCCCUAUGCCGCCGUUGACUUUGGCCCCGCCAGAGUGGCACGUACGCGGGUGAUCAAGAAUGCCCCCAACCCUCGAUGGAAUGAGCGAUUUACUCUCCCCAUUGCGCAUGAGAUCGAGCACGUAGUCGUCGAAGUCAAGGACGCGGACUACGCAGGCGCGCAGCUCAUCGGGACCGUCAAAAUCCCCGCCGAAGUUCUCCUCAAAGAGCGCGAGAAGGAGGGCUGGUUCGACGUGAUCAAUACCAACGGGAACCCCGCUGCAGAAGGCGCGAAGAUCAAGCUCGGGUUCAAGUAUACCCCCAUGGACGAAGAUGAGAUCUACAAGGGGAUGACCCGGGAAUCGGCGGUCCCGAGAACGUACUUCCCGCUGCGGAAGGGGGGGCGCGUCACGCUCUAUCAGGACGCCCACGUGAAAGACGGGUUGCUCCCUCAGAUCGAGCUCGACGGCGGCAAGAUCUACCAGCCCGGGCGUUGCUGGGAGGACAUUUGCAAGGCGAUCGUGGACGCAAAGUACAUGGUCUACAUUGUGGGGUGGUCGGUGUUCACCGAUAUCACCCUGGUGCGCGAUCCUGACCGUCCGAUGAUUCCGCAUGGGAACAUGAAACUGGGAGACCUGCUCAAGUGGAAGGCUAAGCAGAAGUGCCGCGUGCUGCUGAUGGUUUGGGACGACCGCACGAGCCAGCGGUUGGAGUUCGUGAAGAUCACGGGGGUGAUGGACACACACGACGAGGACACCAAGCGCUUCUUCCGGAGGACCAAGGUCAAAUGCAAGCUGGUGCCAAGGUACCCCGACGAAUCAAUGAGCACCAUGCGGCGGCUCAUGGUCGGCAGCAUGUACACGCACCACCAGAAGACGGUCAUCGUGGAUACGCCCGUCCCGAACGCCGCGCCCGACGGCGCCAACUCGCGCACGCUGCUCGCGUUCCUCGGCGGGAUCGACCUGUGCAACCAUAGAUACGACGACCAGCACCACUCGCUCUUCCGGACGAUGAACGGGAUCAGCAAGGGCGACUUCGAGAACGGCAACAUCCCGACCGUGUCCGAAAAGACGGGCGGCCCCCGCGAACCGUGGCAUGACAUCCACUGCAAAGUCGAGGGCGCGGCCGCGUGGGACGUCUACACCAACUUCCUGCAGAGGUGGCACAAAGUCAGAAAGACCGAGACGUUUCGGCGGCACGGCCUGCUGAAGCUCGCCAAGAUGAAGGCGUUCGUGGUCCCAGACUUCGGACAGCCGGACGCGGAGCGCGAGGUGGCGGUCACGUCCGAACAGGACCCUGAGAACUGGCACGUGCAGGUGUUCCGGUCCAUCGAUUCCGGUUCCGUCAAGGGCUUUCCGACGGCGCCGGACGAGGUGUUCCAGGCGGGACUGGUGGGCGGAAAGGGAACGAUCAUCGACAUGAGCAUCCAGGACGCGUACGUGCACGCGAUCAGGCGCGCCCAGCGCUUCAUCUACAUUGAGAACCAGUACUUCCUGGGCUCCUGCCACGCCUGGAAGAGCCAUCAAGAAGUUGGCGCGUGGAACCUGAUCCCCGUCGAAAUCGCGCUCAAGAUCGUGGGGAAGAUUCGGGAGGGGAAGCAGUUCCGCGCAUACGUGCUCGUGCCGAUGUGGCCGGAGGGCGACCCGACGUCGGGCUCAGUGCAGGAGAUCCUGUUCUGGCAGGCGCGCACGAUGGAGAUGAUGUACAGCUUAAUCUCCAAGGCGCUGAAGGAGCAGGGGCUGCUGGGGGAGCAGCACCCGCGGGACUACCUCACCUUCUUCUGCCUCGGCAACAGGGAGGUCAAGCACCCCGACGAGCCGGAGCCAGUGAAGCCCCCCAAGCCGGGGAGCGUGCAGGACAAGUGCCAGAAGAGCCGGCGGGCCAUGAUCUACGUGCACUCCAAGCUCAUGAUCGUGGACGACGAGUACGUCAUCGUUGGGUCAGCAAACAUCAACCAGCGGUCCCAGGACGGCUCCCGCGACACCGAGAUUGCAAUGGGCGGCUACCAGCCCGCGCAGCUCAACUCCUCCGGACGUCCGGCGCGCGGCCAGGUGUACGGCUUCCGGACGUCGCUCUGGGCGGAGCACUUGGGGCACCUCUUUGAGGAGUACAAGACGCCCGAGAGCGUCGAGUGCGUCCGAAAGGUGAACGCGGCUGUGGACGCCAAUUGGCAGGUCUUUGCGGCGGAGGAGAUCACCGAAAUGACCGCCCACCUCAUGGCCUUCCCGGUACAGGUCAACCAAGACGGAAGCAUACAAGAACUGCCCGGAACUGAGGAGUUCCCGGACACCGGCGGCCGGAUCCUUGGCACCACUUCGGGCCAGUUACCAGAUGCGCUGACAACGUAGAAAUAAUAUCCUGAGCCCUUGUCAAACAAGCUCUCAGUGCUAGAGCGAGACAGCUUUUCUCGUGAUUGAGGAUUGUGGCACGUCUUUGUACACUAGACAUGGAUUCGAUCCGCUAGAUGUUGUACCUCCGCGAAAUGCUGUGCCACAUCCUAUAUGAACCAUAUAAAGCUACGCUAUACAUACUGAGCCGUUGACUUGACGGAAUUUUGCUUCCUGGAAAGCUAGUGGAAAGCAUGUGUCAAGAUCUUGAUAAACAAGACGCAGGUAUUGCAAAAGACAGACUGUGUCAAAGACUUUGAAAGGAUGGAGAGAUACGCAUGCAAGGUCUCGUAUGUAGCUGACUCAGCGUGAGUUACAUGUCUGUUUAAUUCGAUCACGUGAAACAAUAAAUAUCGAACCGGC